UCGAUAAAAUGCUUGCGCAUCAGCUAUCGAUUUUUCAACGACACACGAUUCCGACGACGCCUCCACGAUUGGCAUUUUCCGUUUUUGAUCGGGUGAAAUCUCCGUCGUUUCGGCUCCUUUUCGAAUUGACGAGCGAAAAAUCGCGUCCCUAACCCCUAGUUAAGUCAACAUGUGCUUCGCUUCUGGAGGCCUGCGGAUGGUGACUGACCAAAGCGCGGGUGAACGGGGAUCUUAACUGCCCCGUGAGUGUUUGGUACCUCCCGACGGAAGUGCAGUUUUCCGGGAUUUCCUGCAGUGCGGAGUUGUUUCGGGACGUUUGAUGGAUCUAAUGAACGAGGACUGUGCGGAGGAUUCGAGAGAGGAAGGUUGUGAGUUUUUUUUACUGUCGUGAGUGUUGACAAAAUUUCUUUCGGGAUCGAGCAACUGCCAAAAUCAAAAGUUUGAUUACGAAAUACACCUCCUGAUUGGGUGCGAAGCUUCAGAGGAAGUAUUUUUCUUUUUGUACCUGCGGAAAAGCGUGAAGAUAGACGAUGACAAACUACUUUGCGGAGAACUAUCAACUUAAAUGGCAUAGUCAUGGUGUCCAUUUGCACUCUUCCGUGGCAAGUUUGCAUCGUUCACUCUCCUUUGCUGAUGUGACUCUUGUGACCAUUGACGGCCGCUGUCUCUCUGCCCAUCGAUUUAUUCUCUCUGCUUGCAGUGCUUACUUCAGUCAUUUAUUCAACAUGCGGCCAGCGUCUACUGCUGGCUCUAACUUAGUUGUUGUUUUACCUACAGAAAUAACAUACCAGACCCUGUCUAUUCUGCUCCAGUACAUGUACAGUGGAGAAGCAACUGUUAGCAACGACCAACUUAGUAGUGUUUUAAAAGCUGGUGAACUUCUAAGCAUCAGAGGACUAUGCUACAAUCAGGCUGAUGGGAAGAGAGAACAAAAGAAAAGUGAAGGCAUCUUAAUGCAGCGACGUAAUUCCAACCAGUCUGAUUCAGAGAGCAGUAAGAAAGACGAAACAACAAAAGAGUUACGGACUGAGAGCUUGUCAAAUGAUGGCUCCGAUGUAGAGAACAUGCGAGUGAUUGUAGAGAAAGACAAAACGAAAGUGAAGAAGAAAGAAGAGACAGCAGAGAAGCCAAUGGACAAAGGGAGCGAGGAAGGAAAAGAGGCAAAUGAAAAAGUGAAUAAAAAGAUAGAGGAGAGCAACAAGGAUAACGAGAAGGAAAAGGAACCUACACUUGAGCAGGUUGUAGGGGUGGCGGAGAAUAUGCAGAUUGAGCUGAUGAUAAAGGAGGAGCCUAUUGAAUGGAAUGACUCUGAUGGGAGGAUUUCUGGGGAAGAUGGUGAAAUACGAAUGGAAAUUUAUGACGGAGAUGAGGCAGAGGAGUCCCAUCAAUUUUAUGCUCCUUUAACUUGUGAUAUGUGUGGGGAGACUUUCAACACACCUGCCCUCUGGGUGCGACAUGUCGAGACUCACCCCGCAUCAGAAGUACCACAGCGAAGGAAUAAACGAUCUUCUGCGGAUGGCACAGCAGAGGACUCAAACGAAUUUCCACCCCUUCGGUGUGAGUUGUGCCAAGAGGUGUUCACCGUGCCAGGUGACUGGGUGCGACACAUCCAGGAAUCACAUACAGAUGAACAACUAGCUAUGAGCAAUAACUCGUCAAAACCCCCAGCUUCAGAGCAGUCCACUGCCAUGCUAGCGUCAUUAAACCAACGGCGAAAACGUAUUCUUAACAGCCGGAAGCGGUGUCCUAUCUGUGAAAAAUCCUUUCCCUCACAUGCAUCAAUGCUCAUACACAGUCGUACCCAUACAGGCGAGCGACCAUAUAUUUGUGAACACUGUGAGAAGGGCUUUAAUGUCAAGAGCAAUCUUUUGAGGCACAUGAGGACUCUUCAUGAUCAAAUGGUUGUGCCAUUGCAAUUUUAGUUUAUAUAAUUAUGUGACAAGAGUGUUUAAAUUAUGUUUGCUGAAACUUUUCAGGAAGUGAUCACCUAUGUAAAAGAAAGCUAUUUAAAUGCUUCAAUUUUAUGGAAUAGUUAAAAUAACUCAUUUUGGCUGAAAGAAAUGCAAAAAAAAAAUAAAAAAAUCAAUGGUGCAUGAAAAAUCAAAAUUCACUUGUGAUAUUCCGUUGAAUGUCCUAAACUUGAAUAUCACAAGCAAAAUCCCACUUUGAAUAAUGGUAAAGAAUAAGACUAUGCAAUUGAUGAAACAUCAUUCGACAGGACAGAUCUAUUUACAAAAGUAGUUUCGAAAAAUUGCACAUAUACCACAGAUGAAUAAUUGACUAUACGGGACCGGGUCUGAUAAAAGGGACCUUAUUAUCCGUAACUUUUUUCAAAUGUAUGGAGGGAGGUAAUCUGAAAAUUUGGGUGCAAGAUUGGCCCUGAAAGCUAUGAGUCCUGAAAUUCCGAGACAAAAAUUCAUCGGUUGGAGACAGACUUGGUUUGAGUUUUAGAAAACAGUUAAGGAAAAUUAUCUCCAGGAAGAUAUAGUCCCUUUCCUCAGAUCUGGUCACAUACAUUAGUCUUACAAUCCCCUUUAUAAAUAGAUCUGUUCUGCUUAAUGACGUCCAAUACUAAGGUCACUCACCAAUCAGAUAUUGUCAUACUUCUAAAAAUUCUCACUCCUAACACCCAAUAUAUUGGUGAUUCAGUAUUCUAAGUUUGACCAUGAACUUCGAACUAAUCAAUUAACUUUACGACUCUUCGUUUCCUGUCUCAUUUUCUUGUACAUAAUUGACUUUUUACUUUCAAAAAUAAAUCCCUAUUUUCUUAAAAUAUGCUUCAAUUUUGUAAUAUUUGUAAAUAACACUAAAACUUGUUGAACUAUCAUCCAUUUUAAAGAAUAUGUAUCACAAAGUGAUACUUUUGGAAUACACUAUUAUACUUGAGAUUUAUCACAUGAUCUCUGAUAGAGAUUUACUGUUCUUCAGGAUAGAUUGUCAACUCCUAGUAUACGCCCAUUUAUGAUGUUUUGCCUUCUAGCUAGGAAAUCAAAGGCGUUUGUUCAAAUUUACAUUUUCACAUGUGUUUCUGAGAAUUUUAUCAAGCUAAGCGAAACCAAUGGUUUCCUGCGAGACAAGAGAUAAAUGUAGGAAGACAUUUCAGAACAUUCUAUUCAAGAAAGGUCUAUAGAACUGCCUCCUUGAGCAAUAUCUAAUAAGGCAUCACUUCUUCAUGAAAAAUUUUCUUAACUUUAAACUUGAUUUACACAUUUUAUCCAUGAAUACGAUUGGCACAGAUAGCACUGUUGUCUGUGAAGGAUAUUUAUUUCCUAAGUGUUAAAUUUUAUCCAAUUUAAUCAGUAUCGAAAGCAAAUCAGUUUGACAAUCUAGUCUGAGAUGGCUCAAGUUAUUAGAUAUUUAUUAUCAUUCAUACUUAUUUUGUAAGUGCAUGCUGAACUGUAAUAUACAGAUAUUUUUUUCUUCUUCAUAAGAAUGAAUCGAAUAAAGAUCUUUUUCUAAUGGUU